AUGGCGUUUCGUAUCACAUUUCACAAACUCGGGGAACUCAGUCUGCCGACAUUCAUUACGGAGAGAGUACCACCUCCACAUCAGUCUUCCCGUAAGGACCUGCAAAGCAAAGUACCGGGGUGGGGCUUCUUCAUAGCUACAGUCAGUGUACCAAGGGAACUCCUCCAUUGUCUCGGAUCGGGCCUGAUGCAAUGGGAUUUGGAACGUCGUGCUGUUGGGUCAAACGUCCCAGAACCAGCCGCGGGAUGCACUGUGAGUGAUGGGCAGUCCGUGGCCAUAGUGCUUGUGAAGACCGAUCAUGAGCUGUUAAAGGUAGUGGCUGGAAUCAUCCUCAAAUUUCAGGCUAACCUUGAGGAUGCCAGUGUGCCGGAGGGUGUUCAAUACAUCUGUGAUGUGGCUGGGAUGGCUUGCAUGACGGAGAUCAUUAGCUACCAGAUGUGGCACAGCGCGUGA